CUUGCUUUGUAGAAAGCAUUUAUUCACUUUCGGUCAAAUACAAAAUUGGCUCAUUAAUUUUCUAUCAUUUUUCUCUCGGAUGCUUCAAGUUGACUGUAUUCUACUGAAUGAUGUCUAUUGGGAGAUUGUUCUGUACGAAAAAUAUGAGUAAUUAAGUGUACAUCAUGUUUAAAACCGGUUAUUAAUUUUUCAAAUGCUUUCAAGUAGAGAAAUGAAUAUUGCAAGUCGUUUUUUGUUUGCCAGUUUCAUCAUUAUGCGGAUUUGCCCAUAAAUUGUUUUGUUUAUGAAAAAAUAAUUCGUGAAAUUUAAAUAACUAGACAAUUGGAGCUUAAAUUAAGAUUUAAAAACAGAUUAAGAUUUUUAAACAUAAAUUUGAGCUGAAAACGUGUUAUAAUGAAUCCUCGAGAGUUGAUUUUAAUUAAUUUAAAAAGACAAGAUUUGGAUUAUGCAGUAAAGGUACGUGAAGCAUUAAUUCAUGCGGAUGAUGCUCUAAGGAAGAAAGAUAUCGUGUUCGGAAGACAAAUCAUUAGUGAAAUCAUAUUUAUGGAUAAUAAGACAAGCCGAUUAAAUAGGACUCAAGAAUUGCAACUUAUUGUUGCUUUAUUAACUGACUUUUUCACAAGAGAUGAUCCUACUCGACUAGGCCUAUUCUUCAAUAUAUUUGAAGUCGGAAAAAAUAGCAGAAAAUUCAUUUUAAUAAAAUUUAUCAUUAUAUCGAUCGCACUUCAAAAUGGACCGGCUCUUAAUGCUGUAGGAACUUAUUUACUAGACUCAUCAUUACAGGAAAUACGAAUAGCUGCCGAUCUUAAUAGAUUACUUAUCAAUGAAAUCACAUAUUACUCCAACAACUCACUAGCUAAGUUAAAAUCACUGCCUACAUUAUCACCGUUGUUUACAAAUUCUUUAUGCUUAAUUUUUGCUGAAACCUACAAGGACACACUACCAACUCAAAUUAUUGGAGAAUUAAUUACUGAAUUUAUGACACUAUCUCCAUUUAUUUAUAUAUUUAAUAUACCAAGUCAUGUAGAAGUCGGAGCAUUUUUGUUAGGAACAUUCUUUCGUUGGACAGUAUUAAGUGAAUUGUACGAGGAGGCACCAUCAUUAAGCAAACUUCAUUUAAAGAUUUUAGAAUGUUUAAGUAGCGUAGACAUAAAAUCACCAUCAAAGCCAAUUGUUUACACCAAGUUUUUGGAAGUCAUUAUCGAUCAAAUUUUAAAAGCCUCAAAAGUCAUAGAUCCAGAAAAAAUUCAGAAAAGUUUGGAAAAAUUUGCACAAUUAAUACAAAUAUCUAAAAGCUUUUUAUACGGAAAUAUUCCAUUGUUAAUGGACAGAUUAAAAACACUUCCUAAAAAUCCGUUAAUGGAAUUAGUAUUAAGACUCUCUUAAUGAUUUGCUUUAAACAAUACACAAUAA